UACAUUAUUGCGCGACAUCUGUUAAUUCACAGAGAAUUUUCUACAAAAGUUGCGUCGCAGAGACAUCUAAAGACUUGGUCUUCGGUUUUUAGUUGGUGUUCGGUGAAGUUGUUUCGGUUGGACGUCGAUGAUUAAUUAGGAAAAAUGAACAUUGUAGCGAAAUCGACAAGUCUCGCACCGUUGUUGAAGUCGACAACUGUCAUUUCAAAUGGACUGCAACCAGUGAUUGGAACAGGUGUUGUAUUAAAAUCGAAAAUUGUCUGUAAACCUGGCGUUAGUCGACUGGUUUCUGAAAGUUUGCAGGAAACUCUUAUUACAGGGUCUCUGCGUGUGAGUUCGGGAAUUGGAGCAAGUUUACUAGCAACACAGAGGAGGUUGGCACACACUGAUGUUCAAUGGCCAGACUUUACUGAUUAUCGUCACGAUGCUGUGAAAAAUCCAACUACCAAAAGCAAGGAAAGUUCCGUUAGUCGUAAAUCGUUUACAUAUGUUACAACAGCUGCAACUGGAGUUACUAUGGUUUAUGGUGUAAAAACAAUUGUACAUAAUUUAGUAGCGUCCUUAAGUGCUUCUGCUGAUGUACUUGCAUUGGCAAAGAUUGAAGUUAAGCUUGAUAGUAUUCCUGAAGGAAAGAAUGCCGUAUUCAAGUGGCGCGGAAAGCCUCUUUUUGUACGACACAGAACACAAAAAGAAAUUGAUAAGGAGGCACAAGUAAAUGUCUCAUCUCUUCGAGAUCCAGAAGCAGAUGCAGAUCGUGUGCAAAAAUCAGAAUGGUUGGUCGUUUUGGGUGUGUGUACACAUUUAGGAUGUGUUCCAAUAGCAAAUGCUGGUGAUUUUGGUGGUUACUAUUGUCCUUGCCAUGGUUCUCAUUACGAUGCUAGUGGAAGGAUUAGGAAAGGACCAGCGCCUCUAAAUUUAGAAGUUCCACCUCACGAAUUUGUUGAAGGUGAUAUAUUAGUUGUUGGUUAAGGCGUUAGUAUAUGUAGUAAAAUGAUAUUAUAAUUUAUAUCAAAUUGUCUCACAUGCAUUUGGUAAUUAUUUCAAAAUUCAUUACCAAAGCUAACGCUAUAUUGAUCUAUUAUAAAUUAUGGUAAAACUGUAUAAAUAAAAGUUCAAGCUUAACCAAAAUACAGUUUGUUUAUAUCUUUUAUUUUUAUUCAUGCUUAAUGUCUAUCAAUUUUAUUAAUGUGUGGUAAUUUAAACAAAUCUAAAUAAAUAAAUCUAUUGAAACGAA